CUAAUAAAUAGUCCGUAUUGAGCAGCGAAUGAAGCCGGCAAUAUGCCCCUAUGCCCGGCUAGUUCCCGCCCCUCCUUGAAUGCUAAAGUUGACCGACCACCUUACGUUAUCCGUGGCUCGGAUUGCAAUCGAUGCUCCGCGAGUGCCCGCGGCGUCUUGGGCAGAGUGAUAGAGAGCAGCAUGGUGACAGCGGUAGUUUGCUGCUAGGGCCGGCGUCAUUUGCAUCUCGUUUCCGAUGGAUCGUCAUCCGGACCGUGAUAAUGGCAGGCGAUGGCCGAGCGUCGUAUUUUCGAUCACAGGGAUCAGUGUCUGGCGCGCAUCGACGCGCAGGUGAUCUGAACUCCCAAAAUCCGCGAAAAGACGAUCUCUUUGCUCCCGGGUGCAGAUCCCAAGUGCUGCUCCACCUUUCAUCCAAUAGUAACCACCUCGCUGACCAGCCUUGCAGAUGCGCCUAACCCAUUUCUGCCCCAUCUCAACAAAUCCCAAUUCGGCCGGCAACGCCCUGGUCUGUUCGCCGAGCAUCUUGGGUCCACCCCUUGGGGUUAAGCCAGCGGCCAUAUCCCAAGCCCUCACCAGAGACCCAGUUAGGAAGUAACGAAGUACCUCCGUCCAGCCGUGU